AUGGAUUUCGAUUUCGGGUUUCCCCAGGACGUUUACAAGAAUUCUGGUAUUCUUGUAUUUGUUGGACGGUUCAUCAAGAUGGUACACCGUGUCGCUGUACUGGAGUCAAUCUCAGCACAGGGUUGUGCGCGUGUCUUCAUCGAUACUAUCUUCCGACUUCACGGGUUACCCCGUGAACUCGUGUCCGAUAGGGACCCCUGCUUCACAGCGUACUUCUGGCAAUCCGUGUUCCGUUCACUUGGAGCACGUUUGACGAUGUCAACUUCUGACCGUCACGAAACAGAUGGUCGGACGGAACGCGUCGACCGCUUCCUCGAAGAGAUACUUCGAGGGCAUAUCCACUCGUUUACGAGCUGGAGUGAGUUCUUGCCGAUGGCGGAACUCGCCAGCAACAAAUCGGUACACGCGUCGACAACGCAUACAACGUUCUUCGUGAAUAGCCUACGCCACCCACGUUUACCCGCCUUCUUAGAGUGUGACUCUAGUUUAAGCGGAUGGGGGACUCUCUUGAACGUAUGCCAAUCUGGUUCUUGCUCAUCACACGUCGACAAUGGUGUCGACAUGAUGGAAGCCCAUAUCGAUUUCAUCGUCACCGAUGAUGAUGAUGACGACGAUGCUGGUAUAUUCAGCAUCGCCAAUGACUGCCACAAUGAGGACGAGGACGCCCUCACUGAUAAAGACAACGUUAUUUCAGCAGUGCACACGAAGCGCACUGCUGUUGACAAGGAUGAAUCAGCAGAAGGAUUUUCUGCUGACUAG